AUGUCAAAGCUAAUCGAGGUGUGUUUGAGGAAUUUGUGGACUCAGCGAGUCACCUUCGCCCGAAUGGGCUUGGAUCUGCAACCUGGCCAGGGGAAACGAGUCCUGCGAUCUCCUCUCCUCUACGGCAUCAUGGUCCUGGCCACCAGCUUUGAACUCUGUACGGUGUGCGCCUUUAUGGUGGAACAUCGCAAUCAGAUUGUUUUGUGUUCGGAGGCUCUGAUGCACGGCUUGCAAAUGAUUUCCUCAAUUCUCAAGAUGGCUAUCUUUCUGGUUAAGUCCCAGGACCUGGUUAGCCUGGUCAGGAUGAUUCAGGCACCGUUUCAAGGGGAGGACAUCGGUCUGGAACAGUGGCGCGUUCAGAACCGAAGAGGCCAGCUUCUGGCAGCCGUCUAUUUUAUGAUGUGUGCCGGGACGAGUGUGUCCUUUUGGGUGAUGCCUUUAGUGAUGACUCUGCUUAGAUUUUAUAGAACUGGAGAGUUUGUUCCUGUUAGUUCCUUUCGAGUGCUCCUCCCAUAUGAUGUCACACAGCCCUACAUCUAUGCCCUUGACUGUGGCCUUAUGGUAUUCGUCCUGACGUUCUUCUGCUGCUCCACCACUGCGGUGGACACACUCUACGGGUGGUGUGCCCUGGGAUUGAGUUCCCAAUACCGCCGUCUGGGUCAGAAACUAAAAAUACUUUCCGAAAAAUCCGAUCCAUCGCGAACCGAUCUGGGCUUGAGUGAACUAUUCUCGGAGCAUGCUCGUCUCCUUAAACUGAUAGGAUUCUUCAAUGCCAGCUUCAAGGAGAUAGCUUUCGUGGAGGUGCUGGUGAUCUGUGUCCUGUACUGCUCGGUGAUCUGCCAAUACAUCAUGCCGCAUACAAAUCAGAAUUUCGCCUUUCUUGGCUUCUUUUCAAUGGUGGUGACCACUCAGUUGUGUAUUUAUUUGUUUGGCGCCGAGCAGGUGCGUCUGGAGGCCGAAGGAUUCGCCAGGGAGCUGUACCAGGUGAUGCCCUGGCAAGGGCUAGGACCAGUUCAUCGAAGACUCCUGCUGAUUCCAUUGCAACGUUCGCAGAAAGACACGGAGCUGGGGGCUUAUUUCUUUCAACUGGGAAGGCCUCUUCUGGUCUGGAUUUUUAGGACAGCUGGCUCGUUUACAACUUUACUAAAUGCUCUCUAUGCCAAGUAUGAGAUAAACUAA